AUGUCGACCCCGAAACCGCAUGGUCGUCGGUCCCUGGGCACCUCGGGUACUGGAGCUAAUAAUACCCCAUCUGCAGAAACAACAUUGACUGGGAUCCAACGUCUUCCCAACCAUUCACGAUUUCCACUUACACCUAGUCGCCUGGUGAGUCUUGCAUCACCACAUGGCCAGCGUUCUGCCUCUCGCCUUACCCCUCGCGCCCGAGGCGUGGCAGCUCCCGCAACGCCGUAUGGUCUUCGUGCGCGGCAGCAACGCGCCGCCAACACACCUGGUCGUGAUCGGCGGCGAAGUGGAAAAGUGCAGCGAGAGACAACAUUUGAUAUUCUGAAAAAUCUGGGUCGAGCCCUCGCACCCGUAUCUCGCCCAAUACAAUCCUCGCCACAAGAAGUACAAUUGCAUACAGAACAACCAAAAGAUGAGAUCGAAGAGCUUGACAACGAGCCAGAAAUUGAACGCCCGCGCCUUUCUUUGAAUAUCCAGGAAAGUGAAGAUGGGAGCGAAGAAGCGAACUCUGAAACGCCGCCUCGAAUGUCUCUUGCUUUUGAUGACGAUGAUAUUACAUAUCGAUCUGUAGAGUAUCCCCGAGACCUUGCCAUUCGAGAUCGUGAUCGACUUUCUAUGUUGCUUCCUGCUGGAAGAUUGAGCGAAAAUUUUGCGGGCGUUCAACUUGAAAGCGACUCUGAUGUCGUCGACAUGUCAGCUAUUCCAGAUGAUGACGAGGGGGCGGAGGACACGUUCGUUAGUGGAGGAGAAUUUGACCGAGGUGGAGAGACAGAGGAUCUAGGGCGAUUCCAUCUCGACUUCAAUUUUCCUUCUCCGACGGCAGCUCCAAUUGACGACCCGAUGGCUGAUACCAUCGUAAAUGUGGACGGAUUUGAAUUGUCCGCCGACGAUGUUCAACAAAUGGCCCAGUCGUCUCCGGCGCAAGAGUUUGGUGAUACCAAUGCAAUGUUCGGCUUCGCACAACCUGAAUCUCGAAGCCAGAGCCCAGACUUUCUUGGUGGAGGCUUGCGAGAUGAGGAUUUGCCCAUACAGAGCAAGGAGAAGAAGCUUUCUCGAUAUGGAAUUCCCGUUCCAAAGCUUCCUACUGGUGUCAUCAAGAAACUAGCAACUCGGUUCGGGCGAACAAAGGCAGGUUCAAAGAAAAAACUUAAUAAAACCACAAUGGCUGCUAUUGAGCAAGCAUCGUCGUGGUUCUUCGAGCAAGCCAGUAAUGACUUGGCUGGAUAUUCCAAUCAUGCACAACGAAAAGUAAUUGAUGAGAACGAUGUCACAAUGCUCAUGCGAAGGCAACGCCACGUCAACAGCUCGACAACUGUAUUUUCCUUGGCUCAGAAGCAUUUGCCAAAGGAGCUUCAACAGGAUAUGAGAUUAGCCAUGCCCCCGUGA